UUACGCGUGCAAACCAAAAGGACGGUUAGUGCGAUUUUCACGCGCAAACCAAUCGCGUCGCAUGUAGAAUUUUGAAAAUUUUCAUAAGAAGAACACACGGUUUAGGACGAAUUUUGAAAAUAAAAAAAAUUACACGGACAAAAUUAUGUAUAUUAGUGAUAAUAACAAAAACCAGUUUUAGUGACUAUAUUAUUACAAGUAUAAGUAUAUAAAAUUUAAUAUACGGAUUCUGAUACUUUUUAUUGAUAAUUCACUCUACCUACCAGAGGGAAUAAUGAUUCGAAAAAAAACUUGAUUUGCUCUUUGAUUAAUCCGAUAUCCUACAUCUGAUAUCGGAAUGACUUAAUAAUUUUAAAAACACUGAUCGCUUCGAGGAAAUCUGAUUAAAGGAUAAAUACUUGGUUGAAUUAAGCAAUCCAACGAUUAAGCUGACAGGGGUGUGUGUCGAUCGAGAAGAUCGGCUUAUUUUUUUGGCUUCUUCAAACAUAGAAGUUUGUUUUUAUCUUACAUCAUAGUUGAGCAAGUAACGUGAUUCCAUGAUUGAGACUUAGAACAUGCGUCGUUUCCAAUAACAAAUUCCGUAAGAAAUUAGCGAAAUAAGAAGAAAUGGAUGCGGAGAAUCGAGUCGUUCUCAACGUGGGUGGCGUACGACACGAAACGUACAAAGCAACCCUUAAGAAAAUCCCGGCUACCAGACUCUCUCGUUUAACGGAAGCUCUCGUAAAUUACGAUCCUGUUCUCAACGAAUACUUCUACGACAGACACCCCGGAGUCUUUGCUCAGGUUCUUAAUUAUUACCGUACAGGAAAACUUCAUUACCCAACGGACGUGUGCGGUCCACUUUUUGAAGAGGAACUUGAAUUUUGGGGUUUGGAUUCCAAUCAGGUCGAACCGUGCUGCUGGAGCACAUACAGCAUCCAUAGGGACACUCAGGCGACUCUGGCCAUUUUGGAUAAAUUGGACGUCGAUGGAGAGAGACUGAGCGACGAGGAAAUCGCUCGGCUUUUUGGUUUCGAGGAGGCCUAUGCGCGUGGCAGUCUUUCUAAAUGGCAGCAACUUCGUCCUCGAAUUUGGGCCGUAUUUUACGAGCCCUAUUCAACUCCAUUGGCCAAAUGGAUAGCCGGCAUCUCAAUUCUCUUUAUCUGCCUAUCCGUGCUUUCGUUUUGCUUAAAAACCAGCCAAGCGUUGCGCGAAUCGGAUAACGAUAUGCAUCAGAUUGCCAGGGAGGAAGAUGUCGAAGAAACAACAAGACCUCAUCGCGUAUUUUAUUACAUCGAACACGCGUGUAACGCAUGGUUCACAAUAGAAAUUAUAUUGCGCUGUCUUGUUAGCCCAAACUUAAGACAGUUUGCUACAUCACCAGUAAAUAUAAUAGAUUUGACUGCAACUUUAAGUUUCUACACCGAAUUCUUAAUGGAGUCUAAUAUUUACUUAGAAGUAAUAUCUAUCGUUCGAGUUUUGAGACUCUUCAAGUUAACGAGACACUCACCAGGACUUCGGAUACUUAUACAUACUUUCAAAGCAUCGGCAAGGGAAUUGGGUUUGCUGGUAUUUUUUCUGAUCCUUGGUAUUGUUCUCUUUGCGAGUCUUAUUUUUCAUGCCGAACGAUUACAGGAAAAUCCAGGAAAUGAUUUCAACAGUAUUCCACAGGGUUUAUGGUGGGCUCUGGUUACCAUGACAACCGUGGGAUAUGGUGAUAUGACACCAAAAACAUUUCCGGGAAUGUUCGUUGGUGGUUUCUGCGCUCUAGCUGGAGUACUGACUAUAGCGCUUCCGGUUCCGGUAAUCGUCAGCAAUUUUUCCAUGUUCUAUUCGCACACUCAGGCGCGAAGUAAGCUUCCAAAACAAAGAAGAAGAGUUUUGCCAGCCGAGGUGCCCCGCAGGAUUCGUAGGAGCAAGCACAAUAAUAAUUUGGAAUCAGAAAUGACAUCAUCAAACCCAAGGAUCAUUACUCCGUUGACACCACGAGCAGCUACUGUAGGUUUGGAUGCCGUGUUACAACUUCAGCCACGUAUAGUGACUGCACUUCCCCAACGAAAUCAAGAUUCCUCUGUAGAUAUAAAGGAUUCAAUCGAAUUGGAAAAUAAUAAUUUCAAUAAUUUCCAAACUCAGCAGACGGACCUUGAGACAGUUAAGAUCGAAUCGAAUCAAGAUCAUCAUCCUGGCUCGGAAUUGACGCCUACGAUCUUGCAAGAAAUUUAAAAAUAUGUUGUUUUGAAUUUUCGCAAAUAAAAUAUGAAAAGAU